AUGUUAGAAAUGAAGAUGACUGAAGUGGAACUGUUGGGACUUCUGGGCAUUUCUUUAUGGGAUAAUGGAGUGGAAGCAUUAAGUGCAGAAACUAAAAUUCGAGCACAAGAAGCCAGAAAUGUUUUGCUGAAAGAGUUGUACACUUAUUGUUUAUCAGUUGAUCAAAAGAAUGCACCAACU